AUCACACCAAGCUCCUCCAGCCCAGAGAAGGGGCACCUUGCCCCCGUGCCCCCGACCAGCCCGUGUGCCUGACUCCGAUCUGUCUCUCCCAGGUGUCUCUCAGCCAGGAGUGCACUCGUGCCAUCAUGAAGCUGAUGUACUGCCCGCACUGCCGGGGCAUGUCCAGCGUGAAGCCCUGCAACAACUACUGCCUGAACGUCGUCAAGGGCUGCCUGGCCAACCAAGCAGACCUCAACACCGAGUGGAAGUACCUGAUGGAUGCCCUGAUGGUGGUGGCUGAUCGGAUCGACGGGCCCUACAACAUCGACGCGGUGAUCGGCACCAUCCACAUGAGGAUCGCUGAAGCUGUGUCGAACCUGCAAGAGAACAAAGACUCCAUCACAGCCAAGGUUUUCCAAGGCUGCGGAAACCCCAAAAUCAGCACAAAAGGCUCCAGCAGUGAGGACAAGAGGAGGAGAGGGAAGGUUGCGUUGGAAGCGAAAUCUUCUGCGCAAGCACUGGAGCUGCUGGUAUUAGAUGCCAAAGGGAAUCUGACAGCUCUCAAGACUUACUGGAUCACCCUGCCUGGCAGCCUGUGCAGCAAAAAAGUGAUGGCCAGCUCAGCAGCAGAUGACAAGUGUUGGAACGGGAUGACCAAGGGCAGUUACCUGCCCGAAGUGAUGGGGGACGGCUUAGCCAAUCAGAUCAACAACCCGGAGGUGGAGGUGGACAUCACCAAGCCAGACAUGACCAUUCGCCAGCAGAUCAUGCAGCUGAAGAUCAUGACCAACCGGCUGGGCAACGCCAACAUCGGCAACGACGUGGACUUCCAGGACGCAA